AUGGCGUCAACUCUAUUGGCAUCGACCGCAAUAAUGUUGUGUUCACUAAUCGCGGUACUAAUGACCAGCGGUACAGGAGACCGAUCAGUUUGGUUCGUAUUCGGGGACAAAAGCGACCGAGCCUUCUCGCUCAAGUUCUUCUCAAUACUCGUGUGUUUCCUAGUCGCGUUUCUCCUCAAUGUCCAAUCAAUCCGUUACUACAGCCAUGCAAGCAUCCUCAUCAAUGUCCCCUUUAAACACCUUAUGGCUGUUUCUUCGGGUGGUCAUGGUCAUGGUAGUCUUAUGAUAAACCAAGACUAUGUCGCUGCAACGGUUAACCGUGGGAGCUACUUCUGGUCGUUAGGACUAAGAGCGUUCUACUUCUCGUCGCCUUUGUUCCUAUGGAUUUUUGGUCCCAUCCCGAUGUUCAUAACUUGUUGCAUUCUCGUCUUCUUGUUGUACUUCCUUGAUUUGACGUUUGACUCGAUGGAAUGUAGUGUUGGGGUAGCGGAAGCAGAGGAGCCGGAAAUUAGAAGCUUAGCUCAAAAUGUGUAG